AUGGAGUACUCAAUGGUGAAAAUGAUACUAGCACUGGCAAUAGUGCCAUGGUAUUCACUUGCUGUGGACAUUCAUCUCGUGAGGCAAUUGGCAGCUAAGUAUAAUGUGACAUGCAUCCUAGUUUUUGGAGAUUCAAGUGUUGAUCCUGGCAACAACAAUGCUCUUAACACCACAAUGAAAAGCAACUUUCCUCCUUAUGGGAAGGACUUCUUCAACAGCAGCUCAACAGGAAGGUUUAGUAAUGGGAGACUUGCCACGGACUUUGAUGCUGAAGCAUUGGGGUACAGAAAAAUGAUUCCAGCAUUUCUUGACCCACAUUUGAAGGUUGAAGAUCUGCCAUAUGGGGUUAGUUUUGCAUCAGCAGCUACAGGUGUGGAUGAUUACACUGCUGAAGUUUCGAAUGUUUUGCGAGUUUCCAAACAGCUGGAGUAUUUUGAGCAUUAUAAGAUCCACAUGAGAAAAAUUUUGGGUAAAGCAAAAGCAGAUUUCAUCAUAAGUAAUGCCUUAUACAUUGUUAGUAUAGGCACAAAUGAUUUCCUGCAGAAUUAUUUCUUGGAACCGACUCGUCCAAAGCAAUUCAGCUUGCAACAAUUCCAGAAUUUCUUACUCUCCCGUUUCUCUGAGGACAUUGAGGCAAUGCAGAGACUUGGUUGCAAGAACUUGGUUAUUGUAGGGGUCCCACGCAUGGGAUGCAUUCCACUUAUGAAGGCAAUGAACAACCAGCAAAGCUGCGUGAGAAGUUUAAACAACGUAGCUUACUCAUUCAAUGCAAAAGUAUUGCAAAGACUACACAAUUUGAAGACAAAGCUGGGCUUACAGAUUGCUGUUCAUGUUGAUAUUUACGAUAUGAUCCAAAGUGCAGUGUUGAACCCUCGUAAAUACGGGUUUAUCCAAGGUUCAACAGGUUGUUGUGGGACAGGGGUAAUAGAAUAUGGGGCUUCGUGCAAAGGGAUGAAUACUUGUUCAGAUCCAGACAAAUACGUUUUCUGGGAUGCUGUUCAUCCAACGCAGAAGAUGUAUGAGAUCAUAGCUGAUGAGGUCAUCGAAUCUAUAACUAAAGAACUCAGUUUAUAG